AUGGAGAACUCCAUGUCUCCAGGACCCCUGCCUUCUUAUUUUCCUGCUCACGAUGGGCCACGGGUAUGGGUUGUGUCAGCGGGGAGCUCACCCAUUGGUAUCUCGCUGGCUCGCCAGCUAAUUGCUCAUGGUGACAUUGUCGUAGCUGGCAUUUCGGGAUUGGACCCUGAGCAGGGAGACCCCCGUAGCGCUGAUUUUAAAGCGUUUUUGGAUGAACUGUCUUUCCACAAUGCAAAAUGGAGGGAGCGGAUGAAACCUGUGGUUGUUGACAUCAGAAUGAUGAACGAGUGUCAGGCAAUCAUCGCAGAAGCUAUCAGCGCCUUUGGAAGAGUAGACGUUUUGAUCUGCUGCUCAAGCCAAGCAAUAAUUGGUACUGUGGAGGAGCUUGCUGCAUCAGAACGGACUCAGCUUCUAGUCAAAGACCAAUUCGAAACAAAUUAUUUUGGACCCGUGAAUCUGAUUAAGGCUGUCUUACCGCAGCUCAGGAGGCAGAAAUUCGGCCAUAUUAUAGUUGUUGGCGGCAUCACCGGUCAUAUAGGUACCCCUGGAUUAGGGGUUUACUGUGCGGCAGGUUGGGCUCUGGAAGGAUUUUGCGACAGCCUCGCUUAUGAAAUCGCCCCUUUUAACAUCCGCCUCACAAUCCUCCAAUGUAGCAUCGAAAUUGGGAUCCUCACGAAUCUUAUCACCAGUGUCCCGCCAAUUCUCUCCGCCUACUCCCCUUCCACAAACCAUGCCCCCUUAUUUCGCAACAUCAUGAAUGGCCUGCUCUCUCGUCUCCCCAAUUUCCGACAGCAAUAUGGACAAUCCCUGGAACCAACGCAGACGGUUGCUUUCUGCUCCCCAACCUCGCCGGCAGUUUCCACCACCUCAUCAACAAACACAAAUGCUGAUACUAACCCUAACGCCUACGCAACCUCAGACACAAGUACAGACAACAACCCUGAUCCAGGCCAACAAGCAGAGCAAGCAGCUGGUGAUGACGAGGAACUCACCGGCUCCCAUCAACCCCUCUCCGCACAAACAGUAGUAUCGCUAUAUCCACCUCUAAGCCCCGCGCAUUUGGACGUGUUGAUGUCGGAAACCAUACAUGCCAUCACUGCCAUUGGUGGGCAUGAGAAUCCACCAGCUAGACAUAUUGUGGGCGCAGAGGGGAGUGCAGCGGUCAAAGAGAAGUUGAAGACGGUGACAGAGGAGUUAGAGGAUUUCAUCGAGUGUAGCAGUGCGGUGGAUAUUCAUUGUAAUUCUGAUGUUGGGGGUGGAAGUGGGAGUACUAUUGGUAGGGGAGGAAAUGACAGUACAGAGGAAGGGGGGUUUGAAUUUUUAUGA